CGCGACCCGCGCGCCGUGCUGUUGUGUGCGAGUGCCCGUCUGUGCCAUGCCGCCGCCGACGCGCCGCCCGCCCGCUGCCCGCUACUAGUGUGGGGGGUCUCGCUGCAGGCGGCCCCCUGUGCCCCCGGGUGCGCGCAGCCGCACUCGCCCAGAGAUGGCCAUGGACUCGCGCAUCGGCCUCGACUACAUCGUCGAGAACCCGGAGUACAUCGCCAAGCUAGCGGCCGCGCUUGACACGCCGAACGUGACGGUGAAGAAGCAAGUGCUGGAACUGCUGUCGGCGCUGUGCGUGUACAACGCGGAGGGCUACGCCAGGGCUCUGGACGCCCUCGAGCGGUACCAGGAGCUGAAAGGCGAGCGCUACCGGCUCAAGGUGAUCGUGUCCGAGCUGCAGAAUGCUACAGCUAUCGACUACCAGACAGCACUGGUCGCCUUCAUCAACUGUCUGCUCAUCUCCACUCCACAACUGAAGGACCGCAUUCGAAUCCGCAAUGAGUUCAUUGGUCUCAAACUCCUUCCGGUGCUCAAUGACCUACGGCGGAGCGCCGGGACGGUACCUGACCUGGGCGUUCAGCUUGACGUGUUCGACGAGCAGCGAGAGAGCGACGAGGCGCAGGCCCUGCAGGGGCCGCACGGGGUCGACCUCAACUCGCAUCUCGACGUCUUCUACGCCAUACUCAGACAGGUGGCGGACACGCCGCAGGAGAUCCCGUUCCUGUCGAUCCUGCAGCACCUGCUGCGCGUGGAUCCGCGCGAGCCCAUCAGCGACCUGGUGUGGGACGCGGCCGAGCGCCUCGUGCACCGCGCCACGCUGCUCGAGUCCCGCAGCGACGCGACGCGGCUGCUGCGGUCGCCCAGCGUGAGCGCGGCCAGCACCAAGGCGCAGGCGGGCUGCCACUGCGCCUGCCACUCGUCGCGCAAGCAGUCGGCCGCCUCGCCGCCGCCGCCGCCGCCCCCGCCGCCGCCCAGCGCCGCCGCCGCCGCGCCGGCCUGCCCGCCGCCCCCGCCGCCGCCCCCGGGCCCGCCCCCGCCGCCCCCGCCGCCCGCCGUCGGCGUCGCGCCGCCCAUGGGGGGAGCGCCGGUGCCGCCGCCGCUGCUGGCCCCGGCGAGCGCGCCGCCGCCUUGCAGCCCGGAGCCCACGGACUGCGCCGGCAAGCUGCUGCCGCAGCAGGAGACGCCCACCCCGCGCGCCAAGAUGAAGACCAUCAACUGGAACAAGAUCCCCAACCACAAGGUCGUGGGCAAGAGGAACAUAUGGUCACUCGUUGCUGAAACUCACGAGCAUUCUCCGAUGGAAGAGCUAGACUGGGCUGAGAUGGAGGGCCUGUUUUGCCAGCAAGUUCCAGCGGCAUCGUCCACGCAGGCGUCUCCCCGACUGGGCCGAGAUGCUGCCGACAACGACCCCAGGCGUCGCAAGGAGUCAGCCGAGAUUGCACUGCUGGAUGGAAAACGGAGCCUUAAUGUUAAUAUUUUCUUAAAGCAGUUCAGAAGUUCAAACGAGGAUAUUAUACAACUGAUUCGUGAUGGGGCGCAUGAUGAAAUUGGCGCUGAGAAAUUAAGAGGUCUACUCAAAAUUCUGCCAGAAGUCGAUGAACUGGAGAUGCUGAAGUCAUAUGAUGGCGACAAGUCAAAGCUGGGGAACGCAGAGAAGUUUCUUCUUCAACUAAUCGAUGUUCCAAAUUACAAACUUCGAAUCGAGAGCAUGCUUCUGAGGGAAGAAUUCGCAUCGAACAUGACGUAUCUAGAACCGAGCAUUGGUGCAAUGAUUGUUGCUGGUGAAGAUCUCAUGAACAGUGAGCCAUUGCACGAAGUCUUGUACAUGGUCCUUGUUGCUGGAAACUUCUUAAACUCUGGUGGCUAUGCAGGCAAUGCGGCUGGUGUAAAAUUGAGUUCUCUACAAAAACUGACAGAUAUCAGAGCCAACAAACCUGGCAUGAACCUAAUUCAUUUCGUAGCAAUGCAAGCAGAGAAGAAGAAGAAAUCUCUCCUGAAGUUUCCUGAAGAAAUGCAGGCACUAGAAGAGGCAACGAAGACAACCGUCGAACAGCUCCAGAACGAGAUAAACGCUCUCGAUGGCCGCAUGAAGAAGAUCCGAAAGCAAAUCGACCUACCGAGUACAGAAAUGGAGAUAAAGUCUCAAAUGUCUGACUUCCUAAAGAUGGCCGAAUUGGACAUGUCACAGCUGCAAAAAGACAUGAACGAACUGGAGAAAGUGCGCAAAGCUCUGGCUGACUUCUUCUGUGAAGACGUAGCAACAUUCAAGCUGGAGGAGUGUUACCGCAUCUUCCACCAGUUCUGUGUCAAGUUCAAGCAAGCUGUCCAGGAGAACGAGAGGCGGAGGGUGCAAGAGGAGCAAGCCAACAUGCGGCGGCGGCAGCGCGAGGAACAGCUGGCGGCCAAGCGCCGACACAUGAGUGGACAGUUUGGUCAGAAUGGCUCUGAGUCAGAAAGUAAUCUAAUGGAUUCUCUGUUGUAUGAUAUUCGAUCUGGUUUUACACAGAGUAAAACUCUCGACAGGGAUAUGAAGGGCAGAAAAAUGCAAAAUGGUACUGUCACAUCUGAAGAAGAUAUCUCAAUCACGAGCUCACCAUUGGUAACACGGCGGCGAAUGGGCUCAUUUUCUGGACCUGCAGGAGAGCAGCCAUCUGGAAUUGGCAAGGAUGAAAGCUUCAGCUACUCACCAGAUAUUACUCCAAAUGGGAGCCUGCGGCGCAGGAGAAGCCGAGUUCCCUCUGAAGAAGAUGACUCGAACCUUAUGGACUUCCUCAGAGCAUCUGGCCAUGAUGGCUCACGUGAAAGAAAAUCAUGGGGAAGUUUAGAUCGAUCAUGGGCUCGAAGGGCACGAGGAGGGGGAAGAAAACGACCGGAGUUACUAAGUGCAGACUUCUCUGGCGAAAACCGAGAACGUCCCAGCUCUCCCUCACCAUUGGUAGAGAGCAAACCACUUGUGCCUAAUACAGAAGCAGAAACAAAGCCUAAAUCCUGGCGUCAGAAUGUUGAAGCCUGGCUGCAAGAUACAGAAAAAGAUGUGAAGCAGAGUGAAGAUCUGCGCAGAAGAUCACGUAGGAUUCAGAGUAACAGACGAUCACUCGAAGCAGAUUCAGAGAGUGAAGGGCGUGGAAGUACUCUUGAUACCUUACCAGAAGAAAAAGCAACUCUUGGAAAAACUACUAACUAUAAGAGAGUGUAUCCUGACUGGAGGCCUACUAUAGAAAAAACUGAUGUUGUUGGAGCUAUGGAAGCCAUUGAAGAUGCUCAGCCCCACAGUACUAUCAAGGACAAAUCAGCCUGGCGCAAAUCCAAUUUGAAUGUCCCAAACAGUGCUGAGGAAACAGAAGUUGAUGUUAGGAGGCUCAGGCGGAUGAGAUCUAGAGGCAGCAUUGAACCAGUGUCACAAGGAAACCCUCUACAGGCAAUUAAAGAAGAAGACAAACGAAAGGGAAUCAUUGGAAAUCUUGGGCAAGAGGCAGCACAAGAUAAACUGACCUUGUACAUUCGAAGACCAAGUGAUGUAAAUGAUCCAUCUGAAGAAAUCACAAGUCCUACUCCAGAGGUUACUCUGCGCCAUCCACGUAGAAAUACUACAGAGCCUACUGAAGCUCUGCCAGGGAGCCAACCAAAUAGUCCACUUAUGACACGUUCACAGCUAAUUCAAAAGUACAGGCAUUCAAUGGAUGUUCCUGGAGAUUUCCUUAAGACCAUUGUGAGUGAAAAACCAGACACCAAAACUGACGACGAACAGAUACUUCCACCAACUGUGCCAAGGCGUCUACGAAAAACCCGAGAGGAUGCAUGUGUUGCUGACAAGGUUGAAAUUGAUUCUGAUAAUAUUGAAACUCCUCCUGCUAUACGAAGAAAUUAUGCAAGCAGAACAGUGCAUUCAGAGCCUAGUGAUCCAGUAGACACCACUGCAAGACAGUCUCCAGUUUCUCCAACUUCAGAUGAUCAUCAGUUCCACAGACUAUCGAGGCAUUUAACAACAAACUCAGAUACACCGUGCAGGAGAAUUGCUGUGGAAGACAGAGAUACCCUGAACAAAAGAAUAGAGAAAUACAGAGGAGACAGGGUUACAGAAAAUGCAGCCACAAAGGAAACACAUUUGACUGGAAACAGAAAAGCAGAAUGUGCAGAUGAGGAAGAAAUAUUGGGAGAUGGCCAGUUUGACAGGUUUUCUUUGACUCGUAGGACAAGAAGAUACAAAAAGAAUCAAGAUACAUGUGACAAAGAAGCGGGAAGCACAAAUGGGGAAGACACAAAUACUGCCAGAAGACUUGAUGGUGCUGCUCAAGAAAUUGUACCAGAAAAGCAAAUCAUCAAGCCAAAUACUCUUCGUGUACAAUCAUAUUCCCUUAAGAGUUCCAUUCCCACACAAGAUGACAAAGAGAGCAGAUUAAAGAAGUGGCAGGAGAAUCUGAAACAGAGAGCUACCAGAGAUGAGGGCAAAGUAGCAGAAGAAGCACUGGCAGAUAUUACAACUGUUAGUGAUGAGCUUCAAAAUCUUGACAGGCUACAGCCAGAGAAACAAAAUUUUCAUUACAAGACUACAACAGACAAUCAUGGUAUAAAGUCAAGAACAGAAGAAGGUAGUAGUAGAAGUUCUGAAAUUUCAGUAAAUGGUGCUAGUACGGAGACAAGGCUGCGUCCCAGAACUGGAUUAUCUGCAAACAGAGAGAGAAUUCGAAGCAUGAUUGAACCAAGACAAGUAGAAGAAGCAUUGAAACUUACUCGUGGCUCAUCUGAAUUUUCAGAUAAAAGGGAACUUGAUCCGAGGAGAAGUUUUGUUUCAAAGUCAAGAAAAGAUAUUGAAAAAUAUGCAUCUGUUGGCGAAAGAGAACCAAAAGUUGAAGCACUUUCAUUUUCAGAAAAAGGUAUAACAGAUGGAGAAAUGCUUGCAGCAUCUCCUCAAAAUUCUCGUCAAAAAAGUGAUUUCAUACCUGAAAUAAGAAUCAAUGCAUCAGGUCCAGGUCAUCUCAAAUCUGGUAUUAAUCGCACUGAGCAUGAAAUGAAUGAUGAAGGCUUUGAGGAAACACAAAGUUUAAUUUCAGAAACUCCAAGUCAUGGAACUUCUUCUGGUUGUAAUUAUGACCCUGACAUUACUGACUCACCACGAUCCCUGUCAGGUGGUUGUCAAAGCAGCAGGAUUAGAACCCGGCCAGCACAUGUAAUAAGAGCCGACAGCAGUGGUAGUGCUGAUACAAGCAGUAGCACCAAUGCUGCUCAGACACAGGUUUCAGAUCUACCUGCUGAUCACUCAGCAUCACAUCAUGAAUUAUCAUAUUCUAAAGUACCAGGAAGAUUUAAUUCAAGUAAAAUUGACACAGACACUGGAGCAGUUAAAAGUAGAGGCACAAGGCAUUCGGAUCUUAGCAGACAUCCUGUUGGUAGAAGUAGUUCAUUAAGAAGCAAACAUUCAAAUGUUAAAAAUUCUGACCAAGAAGGUCGAAGAAGUAUCAUACCUCUGAGGUCUAAUAACCUCAUUAAGAGUGAUUCACAAUCCAGUGUUACAAAGCCAUUGCAGAAAAGGCGUACUGUUGAACGGUCAAAUUCAAGAACAAGUCUUCGCAGUUCGAGAAGCUCAUUAAACAGUUCUACCUCAGUGAACACUGUAAAAAAUGCCCCUCAGUUAUCAAAGUCUUCUAGUCGUUCAAGUGUCAGUGGGGGAACAACAAAAUCAAGUGGUGAUCUAUCAGGUUACACUACGGCCAUCAAAGCACUGACAACAAAGCUUGGAAAAGAAUCAGGUGAAAUGAACAGUACUUCAAAGUAUACCCCCAGUAAAUUUGGAUACCAUGGCUCAGCCAGCAGGACAACUCCAAAGAAACCACUGACACAGGUGCAGCUCAAAUCAGCUUCAGGUCAACACAAGUCAGUACCAGCAAGUAGGAGCUCAAGCAGUGGUAGUAGCAUUGGUCCUACAAUUCGAAGGCCUCGUGUUACUUCAGGAGUGAGUACGAGUUUCAAGGAAAAUGUAGGUACUCCAAGGCCUGCAUCAAGUUCUUCAGUCCCUGCUAGUCGCAGUUCGAGUAGUGGAAGCAGUGUUGGACCUCCCACUGGACGGCUGAGAGCUACUGCUGGAGUCAGCCACCGUAGCUCCAAUUUUAUGCGUCCCACUGCUGCCAGUGCUGCUAAGGACUCAGUAGCUAAUGCAUCAGAUAUUUCAACUGCCAAACUACGAUCCAGUUCCAAGUUACUAAAAUGAACUAAUAAUUUCUGUGAAUUGUGUGUGAACAUAUUAUCUUCAGGCAUAAGACAUUAAUAUUUAUUCUGUGGGUGGCGUUCCCACAUGUAUUUACAGCAAUUAAGAAAAAUGAAUAAUUCAAAACACAGCCUCCAAAGAAAUGGUAGACUUGUAGAAUAAAAGAUACUUGAAAGACUGUGUAAAGUGCUUUAGUUCAUGUAGUUAUUAUUCAGAGAUACUGUAACUGAAUGGUUUCUCAUUUUGUAUCUAACAAAGUGUACCUUUCUGAAUAUUUUUGAAUCAGUUUUGUGGGACAAUCUGAAUUGUUCAGAUCCUGUUUAGACGUUAUAUAAAAUGUGCCUUAACACUAAAAAAAGUUGAGAUUAUUUGCUUGUGAAAUAAUAAUGUCAAUGUGUUUGUAAUACCUCUUUAUACAUUUUAAAGUUAACAUUACAAUGAAAUGGAAUUUAUUUUUAACCAUACUAAACUCAAAAAUAACUGAGAAAAACCUUGUUUCAAUUACUAAACAACAUUUUUACACAGUAAGCUUGCCAAACAUAAUGACACUUUGAAGCAAAUAAUGAGAUGUUUCUAGUCAGUCCCUCAGUACAUUAAAAAUCACUGCUAUCAUUUUAAAUGUUGCUAUAGUACCUGUACAUGGAUUAUAUUUUGUUAUACAUAUGUCUCUAAAUUGAUAUAUCAGUAGGCUCAAAUGGCAGGCUUGCUGUUUUAUGGUGAGAACUGUUACACAUUUUGUUUUUUUGUUUACAAUACAGAACUCUCUUUGCUGUUCUGUUUUUAAAGUAGUUACUACAAAAUGUGUAUUAAACUGGUUAUAUUUAGCAACAUACACAACUGUAUAAAAUCCGUAGAUACCUGUGUUAUAUCAGCAAAUCAGAUAUUUUAUCUAUUAAAACCAUUCCUGUAAUAAAUGUGCAGAUAUUCAUUAAAGGAAAUGUAGCUUGUGUUGAUGAUUUAUGGGCACACUUCUACAUAAGUUCUUCAUUAACAGAAACAAAUAUUAUGAUGUGUUUUUCAGAACUGAAGAAAGAUAAAAAUCAAACUGUUUUUUAUGGAAGAACUGAAUGGUGGUGAUCAAAAGAUAAAGUGAGAUGUGUACAACCUAUAGUUCCAAAUUCAUGUAGUAUGUUUGGCAAUGAAAUUGUUAUUCACCCACCAACUGAUAAGUUGGCUAUUAAUGUUUUACAAAAUCACAUGAAAACUUUAUUUAUGUGGUACUGUUCCUAUAAAAAGAACUUUUUUCAUUUUUUUCUGGUGAAUGAUAGCUUGAGACCUUUUUUUACAUUGAAUUUCAGUGACAAAGAAUUUUUUACUCUCAAGGUUUGUAUGAACAGGCAUUUAUAAGAAAGUAACUUUAAGUCAUAUGAAUUACCCCUUUCACAUUCAGAGAACAAACAAAUUAUUUAUGAUUCUGGUAACUUCCUUAGUACCUGCAGGGUGUAUAUGACAUUAACAAUGUGUGACAGUCUGCCAAAAUGAUAAUUCAAAUGUAUGUAUUUGUCAUAUGCACACAUUUCUUAAUAAACAAUGUUACAUCAAAUAA